AUGGCAGAUAUCCUGCGCGCAGAUCUGGCAGAGAUUAGUUCUACAGCUGCAGCAUCAAUCACCGAGGUCAAACAUUUGUCCUCCUACAACUGGAUCGAAGCGCCCGAGGCCACGAUCGCCGUCCCAGGCAGCCCUGCACUCUGGUCUCCUCCAAAGACACCACAGCGGGUAGCAAAGGACUCUGGCCUCAUCUACUCAGCUCAGAACGCAGCUCGUCAUCCUGAAAGUCCACUCGAACCACUCUUUCGAUCCCUGCACAUCACCAACCCUUCAUUCGACUUUCAGUCGGUUGAUCUCGUGACUGAUCGUAAUAACAUUCGCAAGCUGCUGUCAUUCAUCAACCCGAGCCUGAGCAAAAAUGGACUGGAGCCUUUUACAAUCAAGGUAGAAGUUAUCAAGGACAUUGCAGUCUUCUGUCGUUCAGAGGCUGAGGUUUCGAGGUUCAUUGGACCACAUGAGUUUGUUGGGUAUGGUCACGAAUUCGAGAAGGCGUACACUAUCGACCAGUGUACCGACAGUACUGGGCAUCACAGGAUUAUUUCAUAUCAGUUCGGUGGUUUGAAGCUUAUCGUUCGGUACGAGACAGACGGCUAUGUCGGCAAUGAACCAGCAAAGAGCAAAGAAAUCGAGGGCGAUGACCUCACCUCGCUGAUCAAGAAUUUGUCUCUUGGCCCAACAUCUUCUACUGCAUCUCCCGCCGCUGUCAAGUCCAAAUUAAUGAUCAGAAAAGAAGGCAAGCCAGUGCUAAUCGAAUCAACGCUCGAAAUCAAGACACGUACCGCCUACAAACAUAUUGACAUUGAGGAAGUCCUCCCACAACUUUGGGUAUCUCAAACCCCCAAUCUCGUGCGCGCAUAUCACAGACAAGGUGUAUUCGCCGUACCACAAGUUAAAGAUGUCACACUCGAAAUCAAGAGAUGGGAAGAAAAUCGUCAAGCCGAUCUCAAAAAGUUGACCGUGUUGAUUAAGAGGAUCAUCAGUGUUGUGAAGGCGAAUGGCGGAAGUGGUGUUGUCAAAUAUGACAUUGAACAGGGCGACAAGUUGGUGAUUUCGCAAUCUGGUGGAAAGAAGUUGUUGCCAGAUGAUGUCUAUUCCAGAUUGGGUUGCUGCAAGCUGAAGGAGAGUAAAUCAAACCUACCUAAGUAG